AUGGUCUCACGUCGUUUAGAUAAAUUAUAUGCAGGUCUGGCGUUAAAUAAUAAAUUCUUACCCAUACACUGUGUGGUCACACGAGAUGAGUGUCCACAACGUGUGUUACAGGAUGGUUUUGUGAUCAUUCCAGCACAAACGAAAUUUCAUGAUAUCGUCUCCGUUGUCCUACGUAGUAUGGAAGCUGAUAUGGGUAAAAUUGAUAAAGAAGAAAGAAUCUAUGGCGAAGUUUUGAUUAAAAAUUGGAAUCCAUUAUCAAUCGAAACAGUUACAGAGGAUCGGACAGUUACUGUUCAAGAUAUUCUAGGUGAUCUUAUGAAUCUUGCGGUCCUUCAAAUUCGCAUAUCGAAGUAUUCGAAUUCAUGUGAAGAUAAACGAUCAAAUCAGUUAUUUAAACAAUCAUUAUCAUUAGUCAAUGAUGACCGAGAAAGAAAUGAUUGCGAAUACGAUGAUGAACAAAGUCCAAAUGGGUAUUCAUCCAAUUCCAAUACUACUGACGGUGAUAACAUUCCAUUGAACCUAUCGAAAAAGCCGUGUUCAUCAUCAUUAAAGCCAAAUCUUCAUUAUCCAAAUACAUUUGCUAGUCUUCUUUCUUUAACUCAACAACAAUACGAUUCCAACUCAAACAAUCGACGUCAACGCGAACGUACAACAUUCGAUCCACAUGAAGAAACACCGCGCUUGUUACAAAUUUUCACUGAUACAAAGCAUCCGACGCGUUACCAAAUUGCAUCAAUAUGUGAAACUCUCAAUGCUUUACCAUGUCGCAAAGGUAAAAAAGCUCUCGAACCGUACAAUAUUCAGUAUUGGUUCAAAAAUGCUCGUGCUGCACUGAAACGUAAAAAGCGUCGUUUCAUCCCAUCUGAAACUGCUUCAAUUCAAGAAUAUACAUCCAAAUGUGAACUCGAUUCAUCCGAUGAACUUGACGAAGAUGCCGACGAUGAUCUCAUGGAUGACACAGAUGAUAACAAUCAAAAGCCAAAUAAUUACUAUAUCAAUUAUUUACAAGCAUUUGAUAUUUCUUUAACUGAUCAACAAAAACAAAAAGCAACACAUUCAGAUGAAAGUAAUGAUGAAGAUAAUAAUAGUGUAAUUAGUAAUGAACAAUCACCAUCAACGCAAGUAUCGAUGAAUGCAACCAAAUUGACGACAUUUGAUUAUAAUCGUUCGCGACGAAAUCGAAUUUUCAUUGAUCCAACAAGUGAAGUACCGAAACUGGAACAAUGGUUCGCAAUUGAAACACAUCCUGAUCAUUUACUGAUCGAACGUAUCUGUUCGGAAUUAAAUGAAGGAGAAUAUCGAACAAAGUUCCCUAAGCUCGAAACUAAACACAUACGUUUAUGGUUUAAAAAUCACCGCGCUAAAGUAAAGCGUAUUUGUCGAAUUCAAACAUCUAACAAUGAGAAAACUUCAGCAGUUACAACUGAAAAUGACUCAGCAGACAAAUAA